AUGACGUUAUUCGCUUUACUAUACAUACUGUCUAUAGUUCGUAUAUGCCAGUGCGGAGACGAUGAAAAGGUUGUAGAAGCACAGCCUCCAUCUUCACCCGCCCCCGGAGAUACAGUACCCGAAAUUCUUUUGGAUGUAGGAAAUGUAGACCCUUCUCUCUAUAUUUCAAAUUGCUGCAACGAUGACGGAAAUGACAUCACAUUUGUGGUCCCUCGAGAUGGUGUAUUGGUGAAUAAAGUCGUUUGCGGAGAGACCAUUAUUUGGUCCCCAGGAGAGGGAGAAAACUUUGAAUAUGCCAAGCUAUACCUCAAGGACGGAGAACCUAUGGUUAUUCUUAUAGCAAAGGUCAGAGGGAAUUUAGCAUUAGGCAGAUCGUAUGUAAGGAAUGGAGAUGUUUGGGAAUGCUGUACUGAUACAUCUCAGGAGAAAAUCCAUGACCUAAGGGUUCCCAUGGAACGUACUAGAUCCUUUAUUAUAAAUCUUGAGGAGGAUAAGGAUACUGAAGAAUGCAGAAUAUUCGAUACAAAGCUACUUGGAAUACAAAUGAGACUGUUCUUUGCAAAUCCUGGGUUCCUUGCCACGGAAGUAAGGGAUAACGGAACACCAAUUUGGAAGGCUGAAGAUGAAGAAGAUAAAAUAUGUCUAUCUUGUAACUUGUACUACGAAAACAGCGCACCAUCACUAUUGCUUGUUGUUACAAAGGUAGAAGAAAAGGAGGAUUAUAGCUAUUUCCAUAUGCAAAAUGGAGAGUGGAAAGAGGUAACCGCUCAAGAAUUUUAUGCCAAGAGAGAAGGGCUCAUGCCUUUUACCCCCGUGACCAAAGAGAAGGAAGUAGAAGAGCAUACUCCACAGAGAUCCUGGUGGACUGCAUGUUUGGAAAUGUUCAUUGGCACAGCCCAUACAACAACUCCUGCUAGUCUACCAGCAGAGAGAGACUCGAAAGUUGAAAUGACAGAAAUGCCAACUGUUCCAGUGUAUCCCAAACCAGAGGAGCGUCAAGAAAGCUCUGAGGAUACCAGUGCUAAAGAUAAACCGAUGUAA